AGUUGAUUUAUCUUUUUCUUUAUCGCUCGCACACUAACAAGAUAGUCGCCGCGGGGAUCAGCAGCAUACGAAGCAUGUAUAUGGUGUGGCGCAGCGCGCAAUGUGAGCACCAGUGAGCCCUUUCCACUGAUUGUCCACCAAUCAGUUCGUGAUCGCUUCGUUCGCAGAACAGAUCGUGCGCACAUAUUCAUAGUAAGCGUUCAGAAACCUUGCUGAACAGUCGUACGGGGAUAGGCUCAAGCUGGGUUCGUAAUCUCUGCCGAGUGGAAGCGGCUUUACCAUAUCAAUUGUUUGAACUGAAGACAUCAUUUCGACAAAGUAACCAAACUGCUCUGAGAGCAAUCUACAAUCGGGAAAGUGACAGCGUAAUUGAACAAGAAAGUGAAAUUUACUUGCACACUAAAUGGAGAUGAAAACUAUCGUCAAAAAGCGCAGUCUGGUUGAAGAUGCGCAAGGCGACAAUGCGAGUGACAAUGGCGAAACUCCAACUGCAUCUAACUGCAGUGCGGAGGAGACUCAACAUUGCGAGGAACUGAAGGCUGAGGGAACGCUGAAACCAGGCUCUCAGAUACGGCCGAUGGUAAGCGAAGAGGAGGUGCGCAAACUUGCAGAACGCCUUUAUGGAAUCAUAGUGCUGGAAAUGUGUGAGCUCGAUUCAUACGAUGACCGCAAUUUCAUGAUCCAGGCCGAUAGCUAUGUCAAAAAUCCAAUACUGAAAUCAAUCAGCCCGAGCGGUUACGUGAUGAAGAUAGCGAAUUCGCUCGAUUCGAGCGAUGAAUCGUUCUUUCAUGCGCAAAACGAAAUCAUGCUGCAUCUGAACAAGCGUGGCAUCAAAUGCCCUGUACCGGCGCAGAACAUUUACGGCAAGUAUCAUUCGGUGGAGAAACUGGGCGAAUCGAAGCACAUCGUACGGCUGCUGGAAUAUAUACCGGGGAAGGUGUUCCACGGUGUACCGCAUCCGGACAGUUUGUUUUAUCAGGCGGGACAGUUUAUUGCACGGAUCGAUUCCGCUCUGAAGUCCAUCGAUAAGGAAAUGGUUAUGAAACGACAAUCCAUUUGGAUGCUGGACAAUUUUCUGCAGCUAAAAGAUUUCCUCUACGUAAUAAAAGACGAACAUCAUAAAGGUAUCGUGGAACAGGUGCUGGACGCAUUUCAACGGCGUGUUAUACCGAAUUUAAGCGAGUGCGAGCAGGGUGUGAUCUACGGUGAUUUCAACGAGCAUAAUGUAAUUGUUAACAAAAAGCCAUCAAACAGCAAAGAAUAUGAAAUAGUGGGCAUAAUCGAUUUCGGUGACGUGUGCUACUCACGUUACGUGUUCGAGCUGGCCAUUGCAAUGACGUACAUGAUUUUGGAAGCAAACGAUCUUAAUACUGGUGGGUUGGUGAUAGCUGGCUACAGCAUGAUACGAUUGAUUCCCCAGCAUGAAAAAGAAAUACUUAGGGUUUGCAUCGCCGCCCGUCUAUGCCAAAGUCUUGUGCUAGGACUGUACACGGCUACAGUCGACGCAAGUAAUCAAUAUAUUCUUUCCUCACAAACGCGUGGAUGGAACGUGCUGGAAGCACUGUGGAGCGAAACGGACAAAGAUAUUGUGGAGCGAUGGAAUUCAAUUGCAGAGGAAUAUUUAACAUGUAGCUCAUGAGAUGAAACCGAUAGGUGAUUUGAGUCAAUUUGGCACCAUAGCAGAGGUACUGCAUGUGUAUUACAGCUGUAGUUAUAAACUUGAACGUUGUAGUUUGAAAUAAUAUAUCUGAAAGAUCAAUUAACAGCAAUAGUAAAGAAGCAAUAAUUUUAGAAAAAAGUGGCAUUUCACUAAACUUUUAGUGCUUUUGGUAGAGCGAAUGGGCUUGAAACAACAAUAAACAGAACAAUAAAAUUGCUUUUUGGGCGCUAUUGUGCUCUUUUGGACAA